UCAAACAAUGAAAUUUUAUAGCACGAUUGGCAGAGGUACAGAGAAAUUCUUCACUGAAGAGCUAAAAGAAUUGUUUUUAGAAAACUUAAAGUUGCAGCCAACUGUUACAGAGGGAAAAACUUUUUUCACCAUAAAUGACCCAGUUGACCAACUGAAGAAGAUACAGAAAACUCUUCUGACAUUGAAAACUGCAGAAAGAGUGUUUGUGGAAGUCACCCAUGUACCUGUGGACAAGAAAGACAAAAGAGGGCUUUUAACACUGUUACACAGCCAUCUAGGAAACAGAGACGACUGGAGGCAAGCCCUGGAUACAUUGGCAAAACUUGAACAAGUCAGGCCUGAUGUGAAGCAGGAUGCCCUUGAUAGUUGUCCUCAGAAAAAGAGGAGAAAAGUUGAAAGUGAUGGAACAACAUUCAGAGUGUCCUGUAAACUUGCAGGGAAACCAAAGUGUAAACUGGACUUGCAGAGAACAUCCAUGCAAAUGGCUGUGCUUAUCAGCAAAACAGUGGGCUGGAAGACAAAUCUUCACAAUCCCAAGUAUGAAGUGAACAUCCACAUGAAUGACCAGUACCUCACAGUAGGAAUCCCACUGACUGAUAAGCCAUUGUCCCAGAGGGUCUACAUACGUCAUUGUGGUUUAAGGUGCACUGUUGCCUGGAUCAUGGUUCGUCUGUGUGGACUGGCUGGCGGGGAGGUAGUUAUGGAUCCAAUGUGUGGGGCUGCUACAAUUCUUGUGGAGGGAGCCAUGUGCCAGAAGGAUGCCUUAUUCUUUGGCAUGGACAAAAGCGCACCACAACUACAGCUUGCCAGUGAGAAUGUCCAAUAUGCUGGACUUGGCGGGUUUGUCCACUUGAUCCAGGGAGAGGCCACCAGAACGGGCCUAGGGGCUGGGACAGUGGACGCCGUGGUGACUGAUGCUCCAUUCGGGCAGAACCAUGCAGUGGAUGGAGAUAUUCAGCUCUUCUAUUGUUGCAUGCUUAAAGAAAUGUGCAGAGUAUUGAAGCCAGGUGGAAGGAUGGUUCUUCUGACAAGUGAAGCUUUGAUGGACACUGUGGCUGAGCUUUGCGCCUCUCAACAAACCUGCCCUGAAACACAUCCUAUACAGGGCUUUUCUCCUGAUCCCACAGUGCUUGUUGCCACACACUGUUCAUUUGAGAAUACAUCUGAGAGAUUGGACUCAGUUUUUAUCAUUCCUGAAUACAAAUGUAAAACUGACAUUUUGUCAUUAGACUCUCCCUGUGAUACAAAACUACCUGAUCAGUGUUCAUCAGUGUGUAAAGACUUGCAUGUAAAUGAUGCCAUAGAGGAUAAUGUUGGAGAUAAUGCUAGUACACAUGGACAUAAAGUUAUUAAGCAGGAUGAUAAAGAGGAGGAAACCAAGUCAGAUCAAACUUUAGAACAGCAAAGUAUUCUAAGCACAACAGAUAUGUGCAGUAGACAGUGCUUUCAUAAUUUGACCUCAAAUACAUCCGGAAACAAUAGUUCAGGAAAUGACAACAGCAAAAUCACACAGAAGACUGAUGAAUGUUCAGAAGUUCCCAGUGGUGGUUUAAAUUUUACAUUAACAAAUCGGUUUCCGGUGAAAUUGGGAGAAACUGAGGGCAUUAUUCUUGUGAUGUGUAAACAUUGAUAGCAUCUGCAAGAUAGUUUUUACUUUCAGUUUUGUUGUCAUGAACUUGUCAAUUUUUAAACGAUUAAAACAUAUCCACUGAAACUAGUGCAUGAUUUUUACAAUUCAGAUUUUCAAAUGUUUCUAGUCCAGAGUUCUGGGCCUUCCUACGACAAUGUUUGUAUUGUUUCCGGCAACAGGUUUCAUUUUAAAGAUACACUUUUACUCCCAAAUAGGAUUUACCACUAUUAAUAACUUAGUUUUAAUAUUCAAAAAAGGAUGAAUGAAUGUCGAAAACAAUGGUUCUUAUGAAGGAUUCCGAGUUGAAUUUGGAAGAAAUACACAUAACAUACGGUAUUUCUACCUUAUGAGACUAUAGUGAACCAUCUUAAAUCUUUUAGCAUUCACCAAUCAUUUCAUAUUUUUGCGCUUUCUGCUA